UGUCAAUCAUCGGGCCGAGGACCUCUCAGCGCUGAGGGCGGGAAAGCGACCGGGCCCAAGGAGAAAAUGGCGGCGGAGGCUGCUUCUCCCCCUCCUGCGUCGUGAGUUUCCUUUGUGUCUCCGCAGGAAGGUGCGAAACAGUCAUUCUGACACUUCUCCUGGAAGGAGCAACCAGCAGGAGCCUCAGCGUAGAUGGAAGCUGAUUUCCUUUGGUCUCUUGCGGCAAAGAGAAAAAGCGCUCAAACAGCUCCCGAACAGUAUGGAAGACCGUUCCUCCGCCCUUAGCUCAAUGCAGGAUGUUAAAAUCCCUUUUAAAGUGUCACUCCCUGGGGCCAAAAGGGUUUUAGAUUUGCCAGAGAGAUUUCCCCAGCAAGAGGCUCCCAAAAAGCCAUGUCCGAAUCGGUUGAAUGGUGUCCCCCGUCCCGCUGAGAAACUGCCGCCGGUUCCCCUAGAAUUGUUCCUCUCUGGAAACUCCUCUGAUUGUUCAGAUGACCUGGGGCCUAAGGAGGCCGUCACCCCCUCUCUUCUGCCCAAAGGCCCUGUCUCAGUCCCUUCUCGGGGUACAUUUGAACAGGAUGAAGAUGGGCUAGACGACACCCUCUUGGACCUCCCCGAUGGCGAAGAGGAUGACGACCCCUUCAGUUACACCGAGGAAGAGAUCCAGGAACUCCUGAAGGACGACCACUCCCAAGACAAGCAGUCCUUCCCCAGAGAAGGAUUGGGAAACGAUGUCGAUGGCCUGGUUGUGGGGGCAGAGAGGAACAGUUGCUCUGAGCUACCUCACCACGCCCCAGGCCUAAAUUGGAGCUCAGCAGCACGGCAGGCCAUCCCCUUCAGGCUACCUCCGAUCACUAGCCCAGAUGGUCAGAAGCCGAUUCCCAUCAAACCGUUGAACCGACCCUUGAGACCAGAAAGGGCUCUUUGGAAAAGGACCGUAGUCCCAGCCCUGAAUCCAGCAGCUCGUGAGGACCGUCUUGACGGAGGUGGGCCCAGGGAUCCCUGCAGUAGCUUAAAAUGCUUGGGAUGGGCCAGCCCAGAAGAGGAAGAAGACAAAGAGACUUUCCAAGGGAGAAAAGCUGAUCAGGACCUAAGUAAAAUUCCACUCAGCCUUCAACAGAUCGGCUUGGACGCGGUUACUCUGAAUGGCAAGGAAAUGGCUCCCUCGUGCUCUCAGACCUCAGAGCGGGUGAGGAGUGCACUGAAAUCCAAACGCCCCAGUUCAGCCGCGGUGAGACCAUCUUUAAGCAGCGGCAUCAGCCAUGAGGCCGAGGGGACGACAAGGUUCGCGGCAGGCCUGGCUUCAUCGUUCAGACCGGUUGUCCUACACAAUGUUUCUGGGGAGGAGAGGACCGGUGAAAGAAGACUGGGCAGAAUCAUUCCAGUUCCCCAACCCAAAGUGAGGGUUAAGAGUCAAGCAGGUGCACUAGAUGAUGAGAAAACCAAGAAGAGGUUAUGUCUUCAGGGUGUCUCAACUAACAUGCCCAAGUCAGAGGCUCCUAGCCAAGGUUAAACGGAUCAGCAACGAAAACAUCGGCGACCUACCAGGAUUCAGAAGCCCUUGGAAAAAGCCAAGCAAAACCGGCAAACGGACAAGACCCCAUCAGGAGAGAUUUUAAGUGGUUGGAGAUGACGUGCCUUGGAAAUCCCAAUGGGACUAGUGCCUAACCAGGACUCGCAGCAGCAAAAAACUAUCCUGAAUAAAAGUUUUCCUUCCAGGGGGA